AUGGCGACGUUCGCUUCUCGAGACACGUCGGAAAAAACGGAAGAAACAGAAGAAAAAGAAGAGACGCCGACAGCGAAAGAUGUACUCGGAAUUGUAAAAACCGGACCGAAAAAAUUGGAUACUAGAGAGGUUUUUCGGAAACAUGAUGAAAAAGCGGAAUAAAUGGGAAUUUCUUGCAGAGUUCUUCGAUAUCGACAUUGAAAAACGAAUUUCUGAAGCGGAAAGAUCGUCUGGAGGGCACAAUCAAACAGACCGGAACGCAUGUCAUCGGAAAAUCGGUUUGUCGCUUUUUCGGGUCAAAUUAAUUUUUUAAAGUAAGAUUUGGCACAUGAAAGAUUGAAAAAAAGCUUUUAUUCCAAAAUAUUGAUCGUUUUAAUUCCGAAAAAUUACAGAACCUCCUCAGCACGCGAAAAGACGAAAAGGAGCGCCUGGAGCGUGAAUCGAAGAAUCGUCUGUCGAGAAUAUCGGAAAACGAACGGGAAUUGCGGCGGGAAGAGGCCGAGCAAAUGGCGGCGUCGAAGCAGAAAUUGAGGGAAAAGGCGGAGCUGUACGAGCGGAUGAGCGACGGAAAAUUGGUGCUGGCGAACGCGGACGACUCGUCCGUCGAAUUUCUUGUCGAUUUCGACACGAAGAAACGGAAGAGGGACGAGGAGAGGGCGGAGGAGCGAGAGAGACGCAGAGAGGAAGAGGGAGCGGCGCCGCAAGGAUUUGGAAGGGCUCCCGUGCCAGAGCACUACCACCACAGCGAAGGUUCGAGUGAUUUCGAUUCGAAAAUGCCUUUUGUACUUGAAGAUUUGCGAGUUUUCAGCGAAAAUCGUUGAAAAAUAAUUUGACACUGUAGAAAAGCACUAACUUUUCUCGAGAUUAACUAGUUUUCCGAUUGCCUGAUUCUUUCGCAGAAUCGUUUUUUUCCAUUGGUCACUGGAUAUGCUUGAACUCGUACAAAACAAGUUACUGUAGAAUGCUUCUGAGGAGGCUACGCCGAGCCAGAACUGUCCCGUAUCAGAACCCGUCACAACAUGACUUUUUGUAACAAAAACCACCUGCAGACAGGUUCUGGCUCGGCGUAGCCUCUUUUUGAGGAGUUCAAGUGACAUGUAAGAAGUGUCUGAUUGAUUUUUCAUUUGCUCCCCAAGUAGACUAAAGUUCCAUAACAAUCUGUAAAAAUACGCUUCCUAAUUGAAAACAUGAUUUUUUUUGCAGAACAACGAGUGUACGGAACGUCACACAUGCGCCUUUCUCUGAACGAGAACAAACGGAAGGAGGAAAUCGAGAAAUUGUUGGAAAUGUCGAAAACGACGGACGCGGAACGGGCGAAACGGAAGGAAAUGGACGAGAAGAGAGAGGAGAUGCGCAGGCAGAAAAUCAAUAAAAUCAGAGAACGACACGGACUCGAACCAUGUAAAUUCAGACUCAUUCUUUCGUAAUUGUUUGUACUUUUUUCAGUGCCCGAGCCGGUGCCAGAGCCAAAAGUCAGUCUGGAGGAAAUUCCGAUGCCAGCGCCACAGGAAACUCCAGAACAACGGGUUAGUUCUACUUUAAUCAAUUGAAUCACAACAAUACAGGCAUCAGUUGGCAAUCAGCUCAUGCUCUGUCUAAAACUCCCGAAACAGUAAUUCUUAUGAAAGGAAGCAUAUUUCAGCACGCGCGUCUCAUGAAAUCCGACCGAGAAUGGGACCGCGGAAAAGGUCUCUACACGACGUGGAUCGAAAAACAACGAGACGAUCGGGACGACGAUUUCAGGCCGCCCGACUCGUAUUUUCACUGA